AAAUCGCCAGUUGUGGGAAUUUUGAAAUGGUAAAGCGCACCCAUACGCCUCAACAGAUGGUUUCAGUUCAGUAGAUGAUUUCCAACUUUUACAGCAACAGCUUCAACAAUUGGCACAACAAAUAGGGGAGAAUGCCCCUGAACGCAUGCAGUCUGAUGGUAAUAACACUGUGCAACUACAUUCCUUUGGUACGCGUCCGCGAUACGACUGGGAACCUUCUGAGUUCCUAACCAAUUACCUCAACCUGGAUCAACGCAUCCACACAUCUCCUCCUUUAUCUGAUAAUGAACGCAAGGCUAUUAUUGCGGCGUAUCCACCCAUUAGCAAUCUCGAUUAUCACGCGCCUGCCACGGUUCCCUCAGCCCAGCGACGUAUGAACAAGGGCCAAAAACAAGAAGAUCAGGCACUAAAACAGUAUCAGUAGUUAGUUUCGGCUGUACUCCGUCCAUUAGAUGUAUUAGCCCAUGAGAUAGCUAGUAAUGAGUCUAACAACCAACAUCUUGAGAAAUAUAUGAUAAUGAUCAAAGACAUUCGCAAACUCCUUUUACAUGUGUCCUCUACAUUGAAUCACGCGCGUAACAACGUUGCGAUACGCGCCUUUAACCCGCCUUAUUCCAUCAAACGUGAUGAUGGUUCUUAUACUCUCCCUCUUUCUGAUUUUCAAACGGCCCUUAAUGAGCAAGACGGAACGUAAGGCCCUUCGAGCUGCUACUUCGAACUAUCGUAAACGCACUACACGUCCUUCCUCUGGUUCCUCGCCUGGCAUUGGCAAUCCGUUUUUUCGAUCAGGUCCGUCCUCCCAGCAGGCG